AUGGCAUACAAAAAUCUUACUAUCAUUGAAGAAUUUAUUCUUUUGGGGUUUUCUGAGUUUCCUAAUUUUCAAGGAUUUCUCUUUGUUAUAUUUUUAGUCAUCUAUAUUACUAUCCUGUUAGGAAAUGGUCUUGUCAUUGUAAUCUCUAAUGUGGAACCUGCUCUCCAAACACCCAUGUAUUAUUUUCUUGGAAACUUCUCUUUUGUGGAAAUAUGUUACACAUCAGUUACCCUACCCAGAAUGCUUGUGAAUCUAUGGAGUCAGAAAAGAAAUAUUUCUUUACUCUCAUGUGCUGUACAACUGUGUUUCUUUCUUAUUCUGGGAGUCACAGAGAGUUUCCUUUUGGCAGUGAUGGCCUAUGAUCGCUAUAUGGCAAUCUGCAAACCACUCUACUAUCCUAUAAUUGUUAACUACAGGAUGUGUGUCCUGAUGGUGAUUGGCUCCUGGAUCAUUGGAAUUCCAGUCUUAAUAGGACAGACAUACCAGAUUUUCUCUGUGCCCUUCUGUGGUUCUAACAAACUCAAUCAUGUUUUUUGUGACAUGCCCCCAUUGAUGAAGUUGGCAUGUGGAGAAAGCCCUUGGGAUAAAAUUGAUUCUUUGUUAUUUGGUCUGAUUCCCUUUCUCUUGAUACUUUUCUCUUAUAUCAGAAUCCUUACUGCUAUUCUGAAGCUUCCAUCAACCACUGGCAGAUCCAAAGCAUUCUCUACCUGCUCUUCUCAUCUUAUGGUUGUAUGUUUAUUCUAUGGUUCUGGUUUUGUUGCAUAUUUACAAUCCAAAUCCAGUUCCUCAGGCGGAAAAGAUAAGAUUUUUUCUCUAAUCUACACUAUUGUGACACCAAUGGUUAAUCCCAUGAUAUAUAGUCUAAGGAACAAGGACUUCACUAAAGUUGUGUUAAGGGACAGGUCAAUUCUUCAAGAGCUUCCACAACUGUGGAUCAUAACAUCUGAAGCCAGCAAGGCAACCUUUGCUGAUACAGGUGUUGCGGACUGGGGACCAGAUAAAUUAGAGGCCAAGGGAAGAGGAGAUGGCUCAGACAAUGCAACAGUCUCUCAGUCAGAGAGGAUGUCUUUAUCAUGUAUGUUUUGA